AUGCAGGUGGACUCGAAACCAAUUGAUGAGGGCCUAUACUCACGUCAAUUGUAUGUCUUGGGUAAAGAAGCCAUGCUGAAGAUGGCAAAGUCCAAGGUUCUUAUCAUUGGACUCAAAGGUUUGGGUAUCGAGAUUGCCAAAAACGUUGCCCUAGCUGGUGUGAAGGCAUUGGAUAUAUAUGAUCCUACAAAAGUCACACUUCAGGAUCUCUCAUCACAGUUUUUCCUUAGAGAGUCUGAUGUUGGCAAAAGUAGAGCGGAGGCCUCAUUUCCUCGUCUUGCAGAGCUUAACAGCUACGUUCCAGUGAAUGUGAUCCACAAAUUGGAUGAAAGCAUCAUUGCCCAGUACCAGGUGAUUGCUGUUACGGAAGCAACUCUUGCCGAACAGUUGCAAAUAAACGAUGUGACCCAUGUAAAGGGAAUCCGCUUCAUAUCGGCUGAUGUGCGCGGACUUUUUGGCCAGACAUUUGUUGAUUUUGGUGAGUCAUUCACAGUUUAUGACAAGGACGGUGAGGAUCCAAAAACAGGCCUUAUAUCUGAUAUUGAAACUGACGGUACUGUUACCACUUUGAAUGCAACCAGGCACAAUCUUGAGGAUGGCGAUUAUGUGAAAUUCACGGAAGUCGAAGGUAUUCCAAAGUUAAAUGACGGCUCAGUUCACAAAGUUUCCAUUCUUGGUCCAUUUGCGUUCAAGAUAAAGGAUUUCGACUCAUCAUGGGGUAAGUAUGUUCGUGCGGGAACCUUCACACAGGUCAAGGUUCCUUUCAAGAUACACUUUGACCCACUUUCAAAGCAGAUCGAACACCCGGAGUUUGUCAUUUCGGAUUUCGCCAAGUUCGACAGACCCCAACAGAUCCAUUUUGGCUUCUUGGCACUUCACAAAUUCCAGGAGUUGCACAAUGGCGAACUUCCACGUCCUCACAACGAGCAGGAUGCUUGUGAGCUGGUCAAGUUGACAGAGGAGUUGUCUAAGCAGGCUGGUGCAGAAAUUGAGAUCAAGGAAGACCUCAUCAGGAAGUUAUCAUACGGCUCACGGGGAGACUUACCACCAAUGAAUGCAUUUUUCGGUGGUCUAGUGGCCCAGGAGGUGUUGAAGGCAUGCUCUGGAAAGUUUGGCCCUAUCAAGCAGUGGCUGUACUUUGACUCUCUUGAAUCUUUGCCAGAAUCCAAGUUGUAUCCUAGAACAGAGGAGACGUGUAAGCCUCUCAAUACGAGAUACGACAACCAGAUAGCAGUCUUUGGUGUUGACUUUCAGAGGAAAGUUGCCAAUCUAAAGGUGUUUUUGGUUGGAUCAGGAGCAAUUGGCUGUGAGAUGCUCAAAAACUGGGCUUUAAUGGGCUUGGGAUCUGGUCCAGACGGACAGGUUUUCAUUACCGAUAACGAUUCCAUCGAGAAAUCCAACUUGAACCGCCAGUUUUUGUUCAGACCAAAGGAUGUGGGAAGCAACAAAUCAGAGGUCGCAGCUAAGGCUGUUAUUGCGAUGAAUUCCGAUUUGAAUGGCCAUAUUGAUACAAGAACCGACAAGGUGUCACAGGAAACUGAAGAGAUCUUCAAUGACCAAUUCUGGCAAAACUUGGACUUUGUUACCAACGCUUUGGACAAUGUUGAGGCCAGAUCGUAUGUGGAUAGGAGGUGCAUCUUUUUCAAGAAGCCACUUCUCGAGUCAGGUACUCUUGGUACAAAGGGUAACACCCAGGUUAUCAUCCCAAUGCUUACGGAGUCAUACUCCUCAUCCAGGGAUCCCCCAGAAAAGUCCAUUCCAUUGUGUACCUUGAGAUCAUUCCCAAACAAAAUUGACCACACUAUUGCCUGGGCAAAAUCCUUGUUUGAAGGUUACUUCCACGAGGCACCAGAGAAUGUGAACCAGUACUUGACACAGCCAAACUUUGUGCAGACAGUGCUCAAACAGAGUGGAGAUGUGAAGACCAUCUUACAGACAAUAAACGACUACUUGACUAAGGAGAGGCCUUACACAUUUGAUGACUGCAUUAGGUGGGCCAGACGCCAGUUCGAGCAGAAAUACUCGUAUGACAUCAAGCAGCUUUUGUACAAUUUCCCUAAAGAUGCGGUGAACUCGAAGGGCGAGAGAUUCUGGUCUCCCCCUAAGAGAGCACCAACACCUUUGGUGUUUGAUAUUGAUAACGAGGAUCACUUGCAUUUCGUUUCUGGUGCCGCAAACCUCCUUGCCUUCAUUUAUGGCUUGAAAGGUGAGACUGGCGAGCCUGAUGUCAGGCAUUACGGCUCUGUCAUAGACAAAAUGGAAAUUCCAGCAUUUACCCCAAAGACAAACGUGCAAAUUCAGGUUAACGACAACGAUCCGGACCCAGCAGAUGCUGUUGCCAGGGAUCAGAAUGAGUUAGAAAGACUUGCUUCAAGCUUACCAACACCUUCCUCACUUGCUGGCUACAGAUUGAACCCUGUUGAAUUUGAGAAGGAUGAUGAUACAAACCAUCAUAUUGAGUUUAUUACUGCGGCUUCCAACUGCAGAGCUCUAAACUAUGAUAUUUCGCCGGCUGAUAGAUCGAAGACGAAAUUCAUUGCCGGCCACAUUAUUCCAGCCAUCGCCACUACUACAGCUUUGGUGACCGGACUUGUCUGCUUGGAGCUUUUCAAGGUUGCAGACGGAAAGAGAGAUCUUGAGAAGUAUAAAAACGGUUUUAUCAAUUUGGCACUUCCAUUUUUGGAUUUCAGUGAGCCUGUCUCCUCUCCAAAGGGUAAGUACAAUGACAAGCAGUUUGAUAAGAUCUGGGAUAGAUUUGAUGUUCAAGGUGACAUUACAUUGAAGCAGCUUUUGGAUACAUUUAAGGAAAAGGAGGGUCUCGACAUUACGAUGAUUGCUUAUGAUGUUUCCUUAUUGUACGCAUCGUUCCAUCCCCCAAAGAAGAUCAAGGAGCGUCUUCCGAUGUCUAUCACGGAGCUAAUUGAGACCGUGAGUAAGAAGCCUGUUCCAUCUGAUAAGAAAACGCUUGUUCUAGAGAUAUGCUGUGAGGAUAAGAAUGAAGAAGACGUUGAUGUUCCAUUUGUCUGUGUUCAUCUAUGA